AUGGAAACUGGAAUUGGACAGACAACAUCUGUGAUAGAUAACUCUAAAAAAAAUGAAAGUAGGGAAAGUGAACAAUUGUUCUCUUUGCUGUUUCCAGUAAAAUCUCAUAAUUUAAGUAAGCAAUACAUUCCUACUUCUGAAACAGUCAUAAAAGAUAAGGAUCAACAGAACCAGAAUAUUGUCUCUGAGGAAAGAGAGAAGAGAAGUUGCCAUAAUACAGAGAUGCUGGUCAGUUGUGACUACAAUCUGAACAUUAAAUUGGAGGAUGAGGUUUUGAUAAAAGGAAGAGAAUCAAAGAAGAGAGUAUCAAGUGUGAUGAAAAGGAAACAUGAUGUUGCUUUGCAAAAUACACUGCAAUCAGAAGGUAGGAAAAGAAGGCGUAGGAGUUCUUCAUUGGAAGUGGGAUCUCAAGGAGACACUGUCAUAGAAAAAACAUAUACUAAUUCUUUACUAGAACAUGAAGAAAAAACACAAAGUUUCACAGAAAAUGCAAAGAAUUUAAAGAAAAAAUGCAAACAUUCUUUGAUAAUGAAAAGGUUACACAAGGAGAUGGAAACUGUAACUGAAAAGGAUGAGACUUCAGUAAUAAUUGAGUUAGGCUCUGAAAAAGUAUCAGGCAACCUGCAGAAAAGCCACAGCCAUAUAUCCUCGGAAUCAAAACUUGAGCAUAAAACGUGGAAUUUUAGGAAGAGAAUUAAACCAAUUUGGCCAGAACAAAGGCAGAACAGAAGUAAAAAAGUCAAAAGAAACAUAACAGAGAAGCAUGGUACUUCAAGAAGUAAUGUAAAAGAAGAAAUAAAUAGGAUGGUAACACAAAUAUUUUCAAAAUCAAAUAUAUAUAUAAGUGAUGGUGAAAAACAAAGUUGGAAGUUCGAAAGAAGUAUUACAGACAUUGUGGAAUAUAGCCAACAGAUUUCAGAGAAGAAAAUAACUAAAGAACAAAUGGAUUGUGUACCUAAAGAGAAGCUGUUAGUUACCAAAACAGAGGGAACUCAUAAAGAAGAGAAAGAUGGAAAGGAUGAAAUUGUGUCUUCAACUGACCUUGAAAAAGAAAUCAAAACAUUUAGAGAAGAUACCCUUGAGAUUUUAAGUAGACAAUAUGGAAGGCUGCCAUAUACAAUUCUGAAUACUUUAAAGAACUGCAAUAUAGAGACAGCAUUAGAACAGUUUGCAUGUCUACUAAUAACUGAGGCAAAUGUAAUCAAGAACAAAAAUUCUGUUAAACUUUGCUUUUGGAAGCAGACUAAAAAAUAUUGUAACACUAUUUUUUCUAUCACAAAUUCUGCAUGUCCAGAAAAUUUUGACAUAAGAAUACUUGAAAAGAAAAUUGAAAAAAGCACAUUGGUGAAGUAUCAGAAUGAAAGAUUUGAAUGGCUUCCUAUGUACAAUUUUCUGCCCUGCAAAAAGAGUCUAGUAAUAAAAUCAUUUGAUCGUUGUUACAUUAAGACUUUGUUACAACCUACAGGUAUUGAGCCUCAAAGCUAUAAAAUUAAUUGCGGAUCUCUGCAUACUGCAUUUGAUCAAGGAAAAUCCCUAUCUUCCAAGGGUAUGGGACAGAAAGAACUUUAUAGUAUCCCCAAUGUUAUAAAUGAUAUAAAGUUAAUCACACAAAAAGACAUUUUGGUUUCAAGAGAAAUGUUCCAACAUACUAAAAGUCAAAAUGGAAAGCAAAUCAAAGAAAAUAAAUUGUCCAUGGAUUUUAAAAAGCCAGGCAAAAAAAUAAAAAUGCCAGAGGACCUAGAAUCAUCAGUCAUGAAAGUUCUCAUAAAUGAGGAUAUUUCCACUGAACAUGGAAUACCAAUAGAAGAAAAUACUGUUGCCAUAGAUUCUGCAGUAAUUUCAGAAAAACCAGAUGAUAAUGAAGCAAGUAUUUUACCUUUCCUUGAUUGUAUACCUGAUAUUAGUCUAGAGCUGCCUUCUCAAAAUCAAGUUGCCACCAUGUCUAGCAAUGAAACAGCAGUCCAAGAGCACUUCAUUGCAUACGGUUACAGUAUUUUUGAGAAACCGAUAGUUCUUGAAACAGACAAGAAUGAAUUAAAAGAAAUAGAGGCAUUUAUUGACUUCAGUAAAAUGGAUGAAAAGAAAUCCAUAGCGGAGACACUGAAUAUUGAAAAAAGUAUGAUCCGUAAUAGUAAUACUGCUCCCUACAUGAAAAGAAAAAGGACAUGUAACAUAAAAAAAAAAAAAACUGGUAGGAAACUGCAACUGUCUAGCUGUCAAAGGGCAAUCCCAAUUAGUGGUAAAAAUAUAUGGCCUCGUGAAUCAUGCGCAAGGACAUCCUUGUGGGUUUGUAAAAAUCAUGCUUUAGAAUCACAUAGAGGAUAUUUAGAAGAUACUGAUUCAGUAACAAAAUGCAGCAAAUUGGAGGUCCAUAAACCAUUGGUAGAUAGUUGUAAAAUAUCUAUAAAUGCAAUGGAAUGUGUUGUUGAAAGUCCAUUUUCAGACUCUAUAAUGCAUAUAGGCAAGAUACUUUCACCUAUUACUGAGAAUAGGUUUUCUUACAAUGAUAUGGAAAGAUCUAAACAAAAUGCACUUGGUUCUGAAAUUGUAAAAUCAAAAGAAAUUUUGAAUUUAAGGAAAGAAGUCAAAGAAAAAAGUAUAAAUAUUCAGAAUAACUCAUUUGCAGGCAUUAGGAAAAAGAGGACAGAUAAUCCAAAAGCAUCAGUUACCAAACAAAAAACAGUGUUGAAAAAUUUGACAUCAGGAACUUUGUCAAAUUUCAAAAUUUCUUUACUUAAGGGUAAAAGUAAUUUUAGAAAACUAGAAACUGAAACAUCAUCCAAAAAAGAUACUGGCAAUUCUUCAAAUGUUUUAGAGAAUGCUCUUUCUCUAAAAGAAGCUAAAAUUAAAGUGGCUUCAUCUGACAAAAAUUCUUGCUCACAAAUCCAAUCAAAACAGGAAAACUAUAAGUUUGUACUAGAAAAAUACAUGCAUCAAUUCAACUGUGAUAUUUCUGAAAAUGUUUCUAAAAAGAGAAGAAUUUGUAAUAUUUUUGAGAAUACUUCACAUGAGAAUAAACUAAAAUCCCCAACUUUGGAUGCUACUCCUUUCUCUUUGAGUACUGAAAAUAUAGAGGAACUAAAUUCUGCUUUGGCCUACUUGGAUAAAAUUAAUGACAACAAUGAGUUGGCACAGAACAAAGAUGACAUUCGUGCAGAUAUUCUUAAGGCUUAUGAAAAUGAUAUUCUUGUAAUCGAUGUUAUUCAAGAUGAUCCUGACCUGUUUGGAGAUAAUGUUGAGCAAGAAGAUGACUAUGCAAAGAUUCAUAAUACUAAAAAGAUUUAUAGCAGUCACUUUUCAGAAAAAGAUCUGGAAUGGAAAUCAAAAUCUCAUUUGAAAUGCAUUAGAGACAGCCUCAUUCAAGAUUAUGAAACACUGAAAUUGAAUGAAAAUGCUGAUGGUUUGGUGAUACAAGGAGGAAUAUCAAAAUCAUCUCCUGAAGAUGGACAGCUGUCAGAACCGAAUAAACUUACCAAAGUUUUUGAUACAGAUGAAAAGUAUGAAUUUUCAAAGAAAUUGCUUCCUAUGCAAGAACAGAAAACAAAUGUUCAAGACUUUGCAAAAAUUGAGAAUACCCUAACAAUUGAACCUCUGAGCUGUGAUCAUCAAUUGGAAUUGUCAUUUCCUACUGUGAAGACCAUUGUUCCUCAACAGCAAGAGCCAGUACUAAAAUCAAGAAUGAAUGAUUUCAGAUUCCCAAGGAAAUAUCCUCAUUUGCCCUUAUCAACUACUAAUAGUUAUAAAAUCUGGAAAGGAGAAAAACAUCCAAGGACUAAUUUAGGAUUGACUUUACCUCGUGAAUACUGCAGAUAUCAUUUCAAUUCAUUGAAUGGCUGUAAGAAACCAAAAUGCCGGUUUUCGCACAUUCUUGUAUCAGGAGAUGAUAAGCUUUGCAAUGAAAUAAUUAAGAAAUAUAUAAGUAUUGGUGGCGUAGUUUUGCUGCAGCGGGCAGUACAUAUAUUCUCAGGUUACUGCAAAAAAGGUACUACCAUAUAUCACUUGGAUUUGCAAAUGUUUCAUGAUCUCCUAACAUCUUUGCUUCAGUCCUGUUUGCUGAAAGAACUUUUUCAUGUAGUGGACAUUGGCAUCAGGAUUAAAAUAUUACCAACUAUAGAUAUUCUAUUCAAAAUAUUUGAAGAAGUGGCUUUGAUGAAAAUAAAAGAGGCAGUACCUGAAUUAUCUGACAUCUUUCAUAAGCUUAUUGAUGCUGGAAUGGUUCUCGAACAUGAACAUAUUAGACAGAUCACCAACUUACUAAACCAGUUACAUGUUUCCAGUGAGGAAAUUGCUAUGCUUAGGUCCAGAUUUCAGGAAAGACAUUUUCACAAGGCCACCUUUUGUGAUUUUGAUUCAACAAUAGCAGCAUUUAAGCAUUGUAAAGAAAAAAAUGACUGGACUAAAUUGGGAACUUUGUAUGUUAAAGUGACAAGAGGGUGUAAAAAUGCUGAUUAUCUUGAAAAAUAUUCAUGGCAUGUAGCCACCAUACUAACCAGUUCAGUGAAGGAAGAAAAGCCAGGCAUUCCAUUUUGCGAAUUUGCAACUGCAGUUAACGUUGGUGGUCAUCGUGAUGAAAGAAACAUUUCUUCAUUAGGACGGAUUGGUAUUAGUGUCAUGUUUUCAUAUUACAAAGUACAGCAAUGGUCAAAGGCCAAGAAGGUUCUAGAUAUGUUUCAUAUCUUAAAGAUACGUUUCACACUUCUUAAAGGACUUCUUGAAUCACAGCAAUCAGUAUCAAGAUGUCAAGUUGUUAAUGUUGCUGUAGAAAUCUUUCUCAAAUGUGGGAAACUUGAUGGAGCAUUAUGGGUAUUGAGAGGGUCAGAAUGGAUAAUAAAUACAGCAGCAUGGCCUUGUGAAAAAAUGGAUGUCCUAAAUCGACAUAAUCUGCUAUGUACUGUAGCAUCUGAAUUAAUGACCAAAAAACGGUAUAAUGAAACAUUUGAAGUCUUAAAAAAUUUCCCAGGUUUUCAGAAUAUUUGUGACUCUCUGGAUGUAUCCCAGUAUGGCUUUUUGUUUAAUAAACUGCUAAGUGCUUGUUCAGAAAGCAGGAACAUUGAAAUAUCAUCUAUUGUAGUGUCAUUCAUGCUUGCAAGAAAUAUUCAUAUUGAAUUUAAUUUACUUCGAGCAUUAAUCACAGCACUAGGAAGAAACUGUUUGUGGAUUAAGGCCAGGAAACAUUAUAAAAGUGCUUUAGCAUUGGGUUGCUAUUCACCACCAGAAGGAAAUUUUUAUCGUAAACCUUUACUGAUUCCAUCUUAUAUGAGUGAAGUUGAAAUGCUGUUAGCAAUUGAAAUGUUUUUGGUUUCAAAUGCCAGUAGUAUUCAGAGUCCUGGAGCUUCCAAUCAAAUACUUCAAAUAGUAUUAAAAAGAUGUGAAGGUAACAGUAUUCCAAACAGUGAAAAAUAUCAGAAUGCUACAGAAAGACUGUUUCAAGCUGUUCAGAUAACUAAGCCAAAGCUUUUCAUAAAGCAUUUGAUAGUCAAUAUUAAUAAGGACCAAAUUUAUAGUUUGGAGCGUACUUCUGUACUUAAAUGGUUGAAAGAGAAUAUGAAAUGGGCAGGAAAAGCCUGGCUUUUUUAGUCAAGAUUUGGUUUCAGUAAUCAUUGCUUAAAAUAAAUAAAUAAAGAUUGUUUGUUGUUUUCAGACACUUAAUAAUUUGAUCUUUUGGUUUUUAACUUUAAAAAAACAAUUCAGAAUACAGCUUUUUAGGCAUGGUCAUUCAGAAGGGCAUGUUCUUUUUCUGUGUCAAAAUAUGCUCACAGUUCAGGGUUAGAAUUAGAGGUUUCAUAAUCUUUACCGUAUUUCAAAAACAAAGCUGCUGCCAGCAAAUAAUAAGUUUAUA